AUGGAGAAGAUCAAAGCCAACCCUCACAUUCCACUGGCAGCUAUACGGCAGUGUGUCGAUGAAGAUUUUGGGUUGAAGAUAGGUAGGAUGAAGGCAUAUCGGGCCAGAGAGCAUGCACUGGACGACAUAUUCGGCUCUGCGGCUACCCAAUACAAGAACUUGUUCUACUACAAAGUCGAACUGGAGCGGACGCACCCUGAUUCCAGCGUACAUAUACAUUAUGAGAAUUCGAGGGAUUCUGGAACCGUGGGUCCGAGAUUCCUGAGGUUCUAUUGCUGUCUAGGUCCAUUGAAAAAGGGAUGGAAGCAGUUCUGUCGGCCAAUUAUAUUCUUCGACGCUUGUUUCUUGCGAGGAAUGUACAAAGGACAGCUCAUGACAACAAUGGGAAUUGAUCCCAACAAUGGCUGGUGGCCGAUUGCUUGGGCUGUGACUGAGACCGAGAGCUAUGUUCAGUGGAAGUGGUUCGUGGAAUACUUGUCUGACGUCCUUGAGUUGCAUGCAAAUGACCCACGAUAUGUGUUUAUGUCUGACCAACAAAAGGGUCUUGCUAAGGUGAUUGUUGAGGAAUUCCCACAGAGUGAGCAUCGCUUCUGUGUUCAGCACAUAUACAACAAUUUCAAGAAGAGAUCGUCGGGGAAAAUUUCAAAGAAUGGUUGUGGGAAAUUACUUCGAAUCGAGUAUCCCCAGGCACAUCAGUGGCUGACUGGAGUUGCUCCCAAAGAAAAGUUGCAUUGGCUCGAGAGAAAGCAAUUAUCAGCAUGUUGGAGGACAUUCGCUCCAGUCAGAUGGAAAGAAUUCAGAUCAGAGGGCCAGUGGAUCAAAAUCUACGAUCACGCAGUCCCUCCUGUUAUCAAGGAGCUUGUGGAUAAGUGGUACUCGCAGGCUUCAUCGUGGAGGGCUACUUGGAACGGAGAGUCUUCGUACCAAGUAACAGGGCCGUCUGGAUUGUGGCAGCUAACAGGAAUCCCGUGCACUCAUGCUAUCGCAACAAUCAACAAGAAUGGCGAGGAUGUGACAAGAUACGUCUCCCGCUAUUAUUUGAAGUCAACAAUGAGCAUGUUGUACGAAAAUGUCUUUUACCCAAUCAAUGGGGUUGACAAUUGGCCCAAGAGUUCUUAUGGUGCAUUGGAACUGGCACCCCCGAGGUCAAAGCGACAGCGUGGUAGGCCGAAGAAAUUGAGGCGUGAGGAGCCCCAGAUUCGCCUUCAUGCGGACGGAGAUGCUCGUGCGGCGGUUGGGGAGAGUUCGCAACACACCGGGUCGCGUGAGCGUGGUGAGAGUACUUUUCCUGAAUCGUCAAACAAUCGCCAACGCCAAGAGCCUAAUGUUUCUGAUCCGGGACCUAGCACUCGGACCAGAGCCAGGACUCACCCUCAGCGAUGUGGUCGCCGCGGUGAUCAAGAUUGA